GAUGGAAUAAUACUCUUGGGUCAAUCGUCUUAUUCGUCCUUUCACAAAAAAAUAUCGCAUCUGCCCCAACGUCGCCGGGCUUUUGAGCUUUGACCGCUCCAGCAACGUUUCCACAAUGAAGACAGCAACACUCCGUCUGUUCCUGUUCACGGUCCUCAUCGUUCUCGCUGCGGCUUGGACGAAAGAAGACUAUGAGAUUUUCCGUCUCCAUGAUGAAGUUACCGCAACGGAAGGCGCAAAUGUUACAUUUUACGACUUUCUAGGAGUUAAGCCACACGCCAAUCAGGAUGAUUUGAACAAAGCCUACCGUAAAAUGUCAAGACUGCUCCACCCCGACAAAGUCAAGCGCUCUUUCAUCGCCAACAGCUCGAAAGCGAAGAGCAAAUCUAAAACCAGCCAGAAGGGCGUACAUGUCAACCGCGGUCCCUCCAAACGAGAAAUUGAUGCCGCCGUCAAGGAGGCUCACGAGCGCGCCCAACGCCUGAACAUCGUUGCGAACAUCCUCCGCGGCCCAGGUCGCGAGCGCUACGACUACUUCCUGAAGAACGGUUUCCCAAAGUGGAGGGGCACCGGUUAUUAUUACUCUCGGUUCCGUCCUGGACUUGGAUCUGUCCUCAUCGGGCUGUUCUUAGUUUUUGGCGGCGGUGCUCAUUACGGAGCUCUUAUCCUCAGUUGGAAGCGUCAGCGGGACUUUGUUGACCGUUAUAUUCGCCAAGCUAGGAGAGCUGCGUGGGGUGAUGAGCUUGGUAUUCGCGGCAUUGGCGGGGCGUCUUCCCCCGCCCCUGUUCCAACUCCUGAUGCUGCCAAUGCUGCUGAUGCCGGUGCCAUGCCGAUGAACCGUCGGCAAAAGCGGCUGAUGGACCGCGAAAACCGCAAGGAAAAGAAGGGAAGUGCGAAGACAGGUUCCCGUAGGAGCGGAACUGCUACCCCCACAAACGAGACGGUUGAGUCGACUGGGGAGAGAAAGCGAGUCAUUGCUGAGAACGGAAAAGUGCUCAUUGUCGAUUCUGUCGGGAAUGUGUUCUUGGAGGAGGAGACUGAGGAUGGUGAGCGGCAGGAAUUCUUGCUGGAUCUUGACGAGAUCCAGCGCCCGACCCUGCGUGAUACUAUGAUCUUGAGGCUGCCCCUUUGGAUAUAUCGAAAGACUGUUGGCCAGCUCGGAGCGUCUAGCGCGGUGGACGACGAAGUUGCUUCAGAGGACGAGCAAGUCGACACUGUGGAGCAGCCGGGUCAAUCUAGCUCUGCUGCUUCUUCUAGGGGCGCUGCCACUCGCCGAAGAGGGAAACGUUCGUAG